GUGACUCUGAAUCCCUCAGACUCCUGAAUGGAGAGAGCCAGUGCAACGGGCGUGUCGAGAUUUCCCUCGGUGGUGCGUGGGGCAGAGUCCUGGAUGAUCAGUGGUACAUAAAUGAUGCCAACGUGGUGUGCAGGCAGCUCCAGUGUGGAGACGCAGAGAAAGCCUAUAACCCCAUGAAGUCGGAACGAGGGACAGGCCUUGUUGGACUGAGACGUGUCCAGUGCGCAGGAAAUGAGUCUCAUCUGACACUCUGCAACACGAACCUGUCUGAGGCAGAGCCAGCAGGAAUUGCUGAGGAUGUUGGUGUCAUUUGUUCAGGAAGCAGGCAGAUCAGACUGGUGAAUGGGACAGAUCGCUGCGCUGGGAGAGUGGAGAUUUACUACCAGGGCACCUGGGGGACUGUCUGUGAUGACUCCUGGGACCGAACAGACUCCAACAUUGUGUGCAAACAGCUGGGAUGUGGACACGCCAUUGAGGCAGCUGCCUCCGCUCAUUAUGGAGAAGGCUCAGGACAGAUCUGGCUGGAUGAUGUGAACUGCUCUGGGAAUGAAUCCGAGCUCUGGGAGUGCCCUUCCAGGGGCUGGGGGCAGCACGACUGCGGGCACAAGGAGGAUGCAGGAGUGCUCUGCUCAGGAAGCAUUUGCUCCAAUCAGAUGACUUCAGUCACUGUGACAAUUGUAUGCAAACAGCUGGGCUGUGGAGAUGAAGGCGACAUUGCUGAAGACUUUACAUAUGGACAAGGUUCUGGCCACACAUGGUUGGAUCACGUUCAGUGCCUUGAGCAUCACAACUCCCUUUGGCAGUGUCCGUCGAAGCCAUGGAACCCCCUGUCAUGUGCUAAUCGGGGAGAAGAGACCCACAUUAGGUGUACUGGAAGCAAAGAGAAAACAACUCCGACACAGUUUGCCGAGUGUCCAAACUCCACAAGCUGCACAGACAAGGAGAAGCUGCGUGUUGUGGGAGGAAAGGACAGAUGCUCAGGGAGAGUGGAGAUUUGGCACCGCGGCUCCUGGGGAACAGUGUGUGAUGACUCCUGGGACAUGGCGGAUGCUGCUGUUGUGUGCAAACAACUGGGCUGUGGAGCUGCUGAGUCUGCUCUGAGUGAGGCAGAAUUUGGGAAGGGGACUGGCCCCAUCUGGCUGGACAAGCUGAACUGCAAGGGGACAGAGUCAUCUCUGUGGGACUGUUGUGCCGAGCCCUGGGGUAACAAUGAGUGUCACCAUAAGGAAGAUGCUGCUGUGAUCUGCACCAAUAAGAGCGAGACUACUGCAUCUCCAGAGAGAACAGAACCACCUCAGCGCCCAUCUCUGACAGGUGGGAGAGACAUGGUGCCCAUAGUCAUCUGCAUUGUCCUGGGCCUUCUCUGCCUGGUCCUGAUCAUGCUGGGGGGACAGGUGCGAAGCACCAGGGCACUGCCCAGAGUCUCUGGAAGAUAUUCAGGCCCCUUAACUGAUGCUGUGUAUGAAGAGAUUGAUUAUAACCUGAUGAGGGAGAAGCUUGAGACGUUUGGUCGCUCAGAGGACUCUGUGAGGAAGCUGCAGUAUUACACUGGGGACAGCGAGAAUGGAAAUGAUCCUGGAUCAGUGCAAGAGGAAACUUCCCCUGGGGAUUUCCAGCAGGAUUACGACAGCGUGGAGGAGCCUGAAUGGAGUGACAUCCCUGUGCCUCCAGACGGUAAAG